AUGGCAAAGACUAGUGUUUGUGGAAGAUUGUUGAAGGGGGGCUUUGGAGGACUGUUGCUCAUAAUGAGGAAACUGAGGACUAGCUUAACACAUUCAAAAGGGGUAAAACAAGGUCACUUUGUGGUGAUUGCAACUCAAGGGUGGAAGCCAGAGAGGUUCUUCAUCAAAUUGAGCUAUUUGGAUCACCCUGAAUUUGUGAAGUUGCUAGAGCAGGCUGAAGAAGAGUUUGGAUUCUCUCAGGUGGGAGCAUUGGAAAUUCCUUGUGAGCCUGAUGAGUUGAAGAGAAUCAUUAGAAGUAAACUGACAAAGCAUUGA